GUUUGCUGCGCCUCCUCUUUCUGAGGAGACGCGCGUCUAAUUAGCGGCCGCCCGAUAAGACAUGAUCGUCGCUCGCAGCCUCAGCACACUGCUGCUGGCCGCCGUGCUGGCCGCCGCCCAGCGGCCGGCCGUAAUCUCCCGGAAGGCCAGAUAUUUGCUCUUUCCGCCCGGAAGCAACAUGGGUAUUGAAGUAGCCCUGUCGAUUCCGGUGCGCAAGAGCGUCAACGUGGCAAUGAACAUUGAAGCCAACUACGUCCUUCCUGACAACGUGACCUACUUCUUCCCCGAACUCGUGCCCAGCCUGGACCAAGGCAGGCUGGCCGAAAGCUUCGGCAUCACCCGCAGAAGGACUUACACCACCGUCAUCACCAUGCUCAACAGAAUUGGUUUUGACGGUCGUUCCUGCUUGCUGCGGGCGAUUUGCGAGGCAUCCGAAACACCUCUUCACCACAAUGGCCUAUUUGGUGACCUGCUGCACGUUAUUUUCACCCCGUCGACUUCGAACGACGAGCAGCUGGGGCCCGAUUUCUCGACGGCUGAGCAGAAGGGCGUCGAGGGCGGCGACUGCAAGGCCCUUUACCCAAACUGCCCCAAAGGCCUCUUCGACAUGUUUACGGCGCUUGGCUGACAGACUCACUCGCAACAAUUUUUACGGCUCAAUUUAUGACGCGCUGUUUAUUGCUCGCGUUGCGGUUGAUAAAAUUUUUUGUAAUUCUUCUCUCCAUAAAUUCGCCAUAAUCGGCUGCUUUUACGGUGCAUUCCUAAAUAAAGCACACAACGGCAGCUUUGCUAAA